AUGCCUGUAUCUAAGUGGAUCCCCAAAUCUGAAAUAGAGGUACUAUCCCAGGAGAUCGAUGAAGAGCUUGGAAUGUACCGUAUUCAAGCCGGGAACAAAGUCCGCUACCUCACGAUAGCCGGGGAUGUUUUCGAUGAAGAUACCAUGUGUCGUCCAUAUCUUUUGAUCCCGAAACUCCCUAUCUUCCCAAACACCCCAUGGGCGAAGAUGGACAUCACACGCGCAGCGGAUGGCACACCCUUGCCCAUUAUUUCUAAUACUGAGCUUCGUGGAGUCGACUUGAUUUGGCAUCCGGACAAAAUCGAAGUCCUCUCCCUAAAGCAGAUUCGACGCUAUCGGCAUAACGUCCACGAAGUGAUGUUCAAAGGGGUACCAGCGAUCACGAAAAUUGUGCGGUGGGAAUGGGAACUUGCACGAAUGGAGAAUGAGACUUGGGCAUAUUCCCUUCUUCACCGGCAUCAGUGCAAGCAUCCUGAUGAACCGCCCAUCGGCCCACGGUUUCUAGGUCACCUAUCGGAAGAUGGUCGAGUGAUGGGGGUGUUACUGGAGAAGGUACAGGGUCGAUUCGCUGGCCCAGAUGAUCUCUUGAAGUGUGAAGAGUUGGUCCGUAGGGUUCAUCGGCUCGGGUUGAUCCAUGGGGACGUCAACCGGCAUAAUUUUCUCGUGAACGAAGAGACGGGAGACGUACGACUACUUGAUUUUGAGCACGUCGAGGAGUUUGAUGAGGAAGUGGCUAGGGCUGAGCUGGAAGCUUUACCGCUGGAGCUCGCAGAGGAGACAGGGAGAGGGGGUUGA